AUGGAAGCUUCUGAACCAAUAAGUGAUCAUUUAUGUUCAUCUUUUGAUAAUAGACAGGAAUAUAGCGAAAUUGAAUCAAAAGAAAAAAAUUUAAAUGUUAAAUCUAUUCAAGGGGAUAAAUGCUCAAUAAAUAGUGAAAUAAGCACCAAUACAGAAGGUAAAGAUUCUGUAUAUGAAGAUGAAGGUGGAUUGGAUAAGUUAUGUAACGAAGACAAAGUAACAAACGAGACUGUUAGUAAAGAUAACACUUCACAGAGGACACAAUCAACUGUAUCUAGUAGAUUUAUACCAGAAAUGGAUGGCAAAUAUGAAGAUAUUGAAAAGAAAUUGGUUACAACCUCACCUCAAUCAUAUUGUACAUAUAGCCCAUCACCAGAAACUCAAUAUACUUCUCCAAAACUAUACAAUUCAAAAGCAAUUACAAAUGACUCACCACCAUUAUCGAAUAGACCAAGGAAAUCAGAACAUCAAAGUGGAGUUCCAGGAGUUUAUUGGCAGGAAAGUAGCCAAAGAUGGAUUGCCCAAUGGAGUGACUCUACAACUGGUAGAAGAAUAACACAUGGAUUUUCUGCUAGAGUGUAUGGAUUUGAAGAAGCUAAACAGAUGGCUAUUAGAUCUAGAUUGGAUGCUAUUGAAAAUGGAAAGGCAACAGCUAGAAAAUUAUAUGAUAGUGACAGCAGUAAUUGCAUUAACAGCAAUUUAAAUAAAAAUAACAUGUAUACACCUGUGGUAGCGAAGAAUUCAGUCAAACAUUUAACUUUAGAACAGCUAGUGAAUGAUAAUGUGAGUGAGCAACUAAAAAGUACAUUGGCUUUAAACUUACUUAUGUACUCAAAUGCAGCUAAUCUCGUAGGUAGUUUUUCUUCACACCUUAUAAAUAACUUUAAUUUGGGAAAUAAUAGUAAUUCCUAUACUCAAAGUAUGACAACUAAUAAUGAGAUUUAUUUAAAUGGAGUUAAUAAGGAUCUAAAAACAAAUUUGAAUAGCUCUAACAAUACUGUAAAUGGAACUGCCACAGUAUUCUUUGAAGAAAUGAAAAAUUUGAAGGAAGACGAAGAACAUGAAGGGAUAUUUUGGCAUCCUAUAACUCAAACAUGGAUAGCAGUUUGGUUAAACCCUAUUACAAAGGAAACUUCAACUCAGGCAUUUCAAUCUGAGAUACAAAAUGAUAUUGAUAUAGCUAGAUUUAAGGCUGUUCAAUGGAGACGCGAAAUGUGUACACAAUAUUGUGAACAAAUCAAGGAAAUAAUUGAAAAUUCAAAUCGAAAACUACCUUAUUCACUCAACCAAAUGAUUAUUGGUAAUCAAAAAGUAAUACCAACAGUAUCCAACCAAACAAUUCCGCAACUUUCACAAAUGAUGUCUUAUCUUGGUAACUCCUUACUUUCUCAUAAUCUACUAUUAACAAUAACUUCACCGAAUUCUACACUAUUGCAUCAUCCUCACUCUUUUUCAGACUUAACAAAUUCUUCAAAUACAGGAUUACAUGGAAAUUCAACUCUAAAUAAUUAUAAAGCACAACUCCCUAUUAUUGACCCAAUAACAAUUGCAACUGCAAUAUCACCAACUAGUCCAUAUCUUGCCCAAUUUCUACACCCAUUAGCCUCUAAUAUAAGUCCUUAUCUAUUUGACCAAUCACUACAACCACUAGCUACUACAUCAAGUGAUACAAGCAAUAAUGCAAGAUCACCUAAUCCAAUUCCACACUCUAUACCUUGGAAUAUAAACAAUACAAGUAUAGCUUCAAAUAUAAAUACUACUAUUGAAGGUGAUUCUGCAAAACACUCAAAUUUGUUGCCACCACUAGUGCAAAAUGGUCAUAUGGGGCUUCAAAAUAAUAAUUCCUGGUCCCCAAAUAUAGCUCCUACUCCUUCUUCCCCGCAAUCAUCAUCAAGUAUUACACAGUCAACGACAUUGAGUAAUUCCCCUAUGUUAGAUUCUUCAGGUGGAAUUACACCUGGAGGAAGCAAUCAUAUAGCAGCAACUACUCUUUCUGCAAAUUACAAGUCUGGAAUUCCAGGAGUAUAUUGGAAAACACGGGAUCAAGAGUGGGUAGCUGAGUGGUAUGACCAACAUAGAAAAAGACACUCUCGACACUUCUAUGUUAAGAAGUAUGGUUUUGAAGAAGCAAAACGUUUGGCUAUACAAUGUAGAUUGCGAGCAGUAGCCAGUGGAGAGGCUGUACUCAGAACAAAUACAAAUACUUGCAGUCAGGUAGAAACAAGUGAUUGA